AUGGCGCCUAUCUCUGAGCAGCAAUUGCGCUAUUAUCUCUCAUCCCUCCUCAAACGAUCUUCAGGCGCUGCUCCCCAUCCUGUCACAACCUUCCAUUCACGAAGCUUACCAAACCUAGUCCCACGAAUAACUCCAUUGCAUCCUGGCGUCGGCGUGACUCCGCCAGAUACCAUUCCAAACAGACUUAUCUUCAUCAUCUUUGGCCUCAUUGGCAUGAGCUUUGUCUGCAUCGGGUGUUGGUUCUUUUUCUAUGCCGAAAACGGCGGAUUUCAAUUCAAGGAGACAGAUUGGGAAGACUAUAAAACAGCAGUAUUAAGAAGGAAAGGCCCGAAUGGUACUACGCUAAGUGGAGGUACUGUUGUUACCGAUCUUGGGGGUAACAGUAUUGUACACGAUGAAAAGAGUAGUAUAUGGGGUCGAAAGAAAAAGAAAUCUAAAUUAUACUUAAAUCAUGAUGACAUGAGCAGCCAGACAAGUCUAGCUGGUGUUACCAUUGUCACCGAGGAUAUAGAAGAGACAGCUCGCUCAAAGCAUGAGGCGCGAAAAGAGAGGAAAAAGAAAAGAAAAGAGAAAAGCAAUACCAAAAGUGUGAAGGGAGAUCAAUACGAUGAUACGACUGAUAGUGAAUAUGACGAUCUAGCUGCUUACCGUCAUGAGAAACCAGCGCGUGUGGGUGGCUUGAACAAAGAAUCUGACGCUAGCGCCUUCGAUAGCUCAGCCAACAACAGCUGUAUAGCUUCUACCGAAUUUCUAUCUCAUCGCGAAGGUACGCCACCAACCACAGUGGCGGAGUCAAGAAAACAUAACCCAAAAUUGCGUGGUGGCGCGAUUCGAAAAGUUAUCAGCACAAGCGAAGGUGGCCAUUCUACCAAGAGCGAAAGUACAAGCCGUCAUAGAAGCCGUAAAUUGUCGACAGUACCGGAGAACAAACUUCCAAAUGAUGUCAAAAAAACACAAGAUAAGAGACGAGCAGCUCAACGGCGAGAUUUCAGCUUCCAAGCCGGUGAUGAUCGAACAGUUCUAUCUUCUACAAGUCAUUCUUCGAACCGCGACGAACGAGAGCAUCGCCGACAACGAAGCCGUGGUACAGCUAAGGAAAGCCAACUAAGAACGUAUACAGAAGAGAGUGAAGUAGGAAGUAUCGUAAACAGCGAAACAGGAACCAAAGCAUAUCAUCAUCCUAUUCCAGAACUAGCCAGCAGCGUCAGUACAAACGAUUAUGCAGAGCAGAGGCGUAAUAAAAGGAAAAACUUAGGAGGAGUGGGGGCAUAG